UUGCAGCAGGACAAGAAGAUCUUUCACGAUCCCUACCUGCUGGAAAAGCUCCACAUUCAGGCUCUUGCGUCCAGCAAGUCCUCCGAAAAAAGCACUGACAGACUUCUCAUUCACCAUGUGGCAGUUUUUGUGGUCACUUUUGUGCUUCUCCUCGCCCUCGUGGUCAUGAUCUGCAUCCUCUUUUAUUGCUGCCACCUCGUCACUGAAAUUCUGGCGAAAGACGAAUUCACGUCCACACCGGCCACCUUCAAUGGAGAAAACUUCAACUUGAUAGACGGUCUUAACUAUGCCUUUGCCCAGACUCUCGAUUUUCUCACAUCAGGCACAGCCUCUGGGAACGCAUCUAGUGGUGAAUUCUUAAUUCAAGUAAACACCACCUUCAUGACUCUUCUGGAAGGUCGUGUAUCAAUCGCCGUUGAUGAGUUGCUGCAAGAUUAUGGUGUACAAAGGCUUGUGCAGACUGGAAACCACUUACAAGGCGCUUUGGAUGUUGUGAAAACCAAUAUGGAGAUUAUCCGACUGAACAAUCAAAAGGUCAGCGCUGAUAUCUCCAACCUAGUUGGCCAAUUCAAGGUCUAUUAUGACCUCGUUGUUCCCGAGCUCAAAAAUGCGUGCACAGUCGACAUGGGCGUAGAAAUAGCAACUCUGUGUGCCAGCCUUCAGCCUCUACCGUCCUGUAAGGGCACCUGUUUCCAACCUGUUGCUCUUGUCACGUGGUUAAAGACAAUUAAUGAUUUGAGAUUCUCCCUUAUUUUCUGGCGCUUUUUACAGCGCAUGGAGGUGGGAUUGAAGUGA